AUGGGUGCGGGACAGUCAACUUCUCACUCUCAAGUACCUUCGCGCGGUUUACACGUACUGCGAGUUACGCCCUCAUCCCCUGCUUCAUACUCGAAUAUCGAACCUUUCUUUGACUUCGUCGUUGGCUUCGAAGGAGACUCUCUGUCUUCAGACAAGGAUAUAAACGUCGCAGAGCUUGAGAAGAUCGUUGAGAGUCAUGAGAACCGCACGUUGAAUUUGCUCGUCUGGAACAGCAAAAGCCAACAAACCAGAGUUGUUCCAAUCGUGCCUUCUCGACUAUGGUCUCAACAACAUAUGGGUGCAAAUGACUCCUUGAAGUCACCCAAUGCGCAACCCUCGCUGCUAGGCCUCAGCAUGCGUUUGUGCAGUCCAGAAACUGCGACAGACAAUGUGUGGCAUGUGUUGGAUGUUUUGGAAGGAAGUCCAGCCGAAAGUGCGGGUCUCGUACCGAUGGGUGAUUGGAUACUAGGCUGGUCUGGUGGUGUCCUAAGUGCGGAGAAUGACUUCUACGACCUUGUAGAAGCUCAUAUAGACAAGCCAUUGCGAGUUUAUGUCUAUUCCUACGACUUCGAUACCCUGCGAGAAGUUGUCUUAAUUCCCAAUCGGCAUUGGGGUGGAGAAGGUCUCCUUGGUUGUGUCUUUGGUUUUGGCCUCCUACAUAGAAUACCCCCACAGCCGGAAGAUCGCGUACCUGGAACAAUGCCUCCAGAACUACAGGACCAGGGCGGGGAUUAUGAAACUCAAGAUUUAUUCAUACCAGCCGAUGUAGGGCAGCAACAUACCCCAUCCGAACCCGCUGAAAGGCGCAGGCAUGAUCGUGAACCAUGGGAACAUGGCAUUGAUUCUUAUGGCCAUGUCCGUGCACAUGUCGAGGGAAGAUCCCGCGACGGCUCGGAUGAUAUGCUCUCUGAGCGUGCCCAUCGACCAGCUCCCAUUUCGGGUCUAGCGCGGGUGCAUAUGCUGAACGGUGACUCGAAAAAGAGAUCCUGA